AUGGAUGACGAGUCGGCAGAGAUUGAAUUGCUGGAGCAAAACUUGAACAAGACACGCCAGAUUUCGCAGAGAAUGACCACCAUCCUCACCAGCUUCGAUACCAGGCUGGUGAAGCUCGAGAAGUCCAUUCUGCCGCUGUAUAACUCGACACAACUCUUGACGAGAAGGGCAAAGAAUAUCGAAAGUGCUUUGAUGAAGAUCGACGAAAUUGCGAGUUACCAAGAAGGUAUUGCUGCAGAGGAAGCCCUGGUUCUCCGUGGUCCACAGCCUGGUCAGCUUCAAGAAUACAUCGAGACCAUGCAGAGAAUGAGCGCGACGCUCGCAUUCGGGUCGUUUGAAGGUGCCUCCCGCGACACGGCUCGUUUGAUCGAGACGGGCGCAAAGAAGCUCAUUCAGCUGUACACCACACUUGUCGCAGAAGGAUCCUCUGGCUUGCCUCUUAGCGGAGUGGAAUUCGCCUACGCACCCUUCCCACCCGAUCUGCUUGAAACAUUGGAACCACUGGUGACGUUCCUGCGGACGCUUCCUCUCCCCGCAACACACCCCUCACAUCCUGCCGCACCCGGCAUCUUGGCUUCGCUAAAGGAGGCUCAGAAGGGCUACGGCGAUAUGCGCGGAGCGUGGGGUCGCAAAUGUCUCGAGCUGUAUGGGAAACGCGUCCUGGACCGUGCGGCGACAAUCGACGGGACUGCUGCUGGCAGAGAGUUAGGAAAAUUCGUGGACCACGUUCUGGACGUCGCGGAGGACGAAUAUAAUCUUCUGACAGAGCUCGCACCGUUACCUGCCCAGUCACUCGUUACGUCAACAUACACUUCCCUCAUCACACCGUUAACAACGCUGUUUACGUCGACCCUCUCAUCACUCAAUUCCAUAAUCAAGCGAUCUCUACACAAACACACAAUCCUUGCAUUGUCAGCAUACUCCUCACUGACUGCUUCUCAGACACGAUGGGACGAGGUUAUGUGCCGACGUGCUAGUCGGAAGGAGAACGAGCUGAAAGAUGGCGUGAACACCAUUCGUUCAGCAUGCCAGCGUAGCUUCCCGGAGUUCAUUGCCGAUAUCAAGGCAGCUGCACUGAGCAACCGUGGUGAGGUCAGCACCGGUGUGAUUGAUAUAACGAGUCGGACUGUGGAAUACAUGGAGCGUCUUCCGGAGCUACGAAACGAGGCCGCUUCGGUGUUGCUCAGCCUGGGCGAUGGCAACUGGAAGAUGGGUGAAGGAGCGCAGGUUGUCAGAGCUUCAAGGACUGCAGAGAUCGACGAGAAGACAAUUCUUGAGCAUUUCACAUACGAUGUGGUGUCUACUGUCAUCCAAACCCUCCUCGCGCUGUCUCGUGCCAACAAGCGCCCCGCCUUUGGCUCGAUAUUCUUGAUCAACAACAUCUCGUACCUGCGCACUCAUCUUAUCCUCGAGCGGCGCGCAGACAUCCUCUCACUACUCUCCAAGCCGACGCAGGACAUCUUGAACUCGAACUUCCGCACAGCUAAGGCCGGGUACUUUGACUCGAAUUUCUCCCCGCUGCUGCAGACACUUGCGGAUGACAGGGACAAGAGCAAGAGCGCGACGAAGGAGAAGUUCACGCGGUUCUUCGAUCUGCUGGAUGAAGUGCUUGAGCGGCACCAGUUGGCUCGAGUGCUGCACUGGGAUGAUGAGGGAAGAGAUACCAUCUGUGACGAGGCCAUCAAGCUGGUUGUCCCAUCCCUACAGCGGUUCAUACAAAAGAACAUCGGGAAGGAGUUCAGCAAGAAUCCUCAGAAAUAUAUCAAGAUGUCGCCGGAGGAAGUCGAGUCACUUAUAAAGACAUUUUACAUUGAGAGGGAUCAUAAUGCAGCACCUGCAGAAAAAGUAACAAAUAACUUACUAAUUCAAGCUGGAUGGAGUCGUUAA